AUGAACUGGGGGGGUUUGCAGAAACUCCUGACUGGUGUGAACAAGUAUUCUACAGCGCUGAGCCGUAUAUGGCUGUCUGUGGUGUUCAUCUUCCGUGUGCUGGUGUACGUGGUGGCUGCCGAGGAUGUGUGGGAUGAUGAGCAGAAAGACUUUAUCUGCAACACCAGGCAGCCUGGCUGCCCCAAUGUUUGCUACGAUGAGUUCUUCCCUGUGUCUCACGUGCGCCUGUGGGCCCUGCAGCUCAUCCUCGUCACCUGCCCCUCACUGCUGGUGAUGAUGCAUGUGGCCUAUCGUGAGGAGCGUGAACGACGCCACCGCCUGAAGAACGGGCCCGACGUCCCAUCCCUGUAUGACAAUGCAGGCAAGAAGCGGGGCGGGCUGUGGUGGACAUACUUGCUGAGUCUCAUCUUCAAAGCCUCUGUCGAUGCCAGCUUCCUUUACAUCUUCCAUCGCCUCUAUAAGAAUUAUGACAUGCCCCGGGUGGUGGCCUGCUCUGUGGAUCCAUGCCCCCAUACUGUGGACUGUUACAUCUCCCGACCCACAGAGAAGAGGGUCUUCUCCUACUUCAUGGUGGCCACAUCAAUCCUAUGCAUCCUGCUUAAUCUCUGUGAGGUCACCUAUCUGGUGGGCAAGAGGUGUAAGACUUGCUUGAAGCAUCACGUGUGACGUAAUGACCACAAGGAGCACCACCCAGACUCUGUCACUUCAUCCUACAAGCAGGACAGCCUCUUCUCGGGUGACCUCAUCUUUCUGGGCUCAGACAAUCACCUUCAUCUCUUAUCAGACUGCCCUUGGGACCACGUGAAGAAAACCAUACUGUGA